UUCACCUUUCACUCACCGAGAAACGGCUUUGGCCUCUCGCGCCCAUUCAUCCCCUUCUUCUUACAUUAAUGCUUAAUCUGUUUUGGCGCGACGGUUCUUGGACAUUUUGCUCUCAACACCCUGGCACACAUCUCUCAUGCCGCUCAGAAAGCGCGUUAGAUGGAAGAGUCGUGAAUCCGAAUGCCACCCUCCAUGACAACAAACGAUGAUGAGAUUCCUCCACUCACCAACGAAGACAUCGAAAUUCUCUACGACAUUGUCCGCCUCGCGCAAACCCUCCCCGGCCGCACCUUUCGUGCCCUCUUCCAAGCCUACGACAAAGUCUUGUCGGAGAGAAAUAUCAAUCCGGACAAUGAUACGCGCUAUCUCCGCUUUCUGUUCCGUAUGCAAGAUGCUGGCGAGAGGGAGGACGAGGGCUUGGUCGACCGGUUCCAGCGCUUGCUGGCCGAGAUGGGCAUACAGGUCGAAUGCGAUCCAGAGGGUGACGGUAUUGAGGAGAUCACGCGAAAUGUGGAUAACCUCGUGUCUAACGGGCUGCCCCCUUCGAUGCCAAACACACCAGGGCGAAUUCGAUCGCGCCGCGGGAGCUUUGAUUCGUUCUUCGAUGGACCGGUGGACAAAAUUCGAGAGACGGACCGUGUGCAGGAUAUUCCAGCAUUCGUGAGACGCGGUGCCCCUGACACAGCAUCGGAUACUGAAGAUCUGCUCCGCAAAGGACGGUCGCGGCCGGGAUCAGCGGCACGUUCGCAGCUACUGGCCCAACUCCCAAUUCGCAAUAGGGUGAAUGGUGCCCGUAACACGAGAGUCAUGUCCGACAGCAUUCCUUCACGUCCAGGGCGCAAUAGAUCCAUACCCAGCCACGAAAGUCUACAGAUCCCCUCAAGUGCACAUGCAACAGCGCAGCAGUUUGGGGGUUAUGAUGGCGAUGAGAGCGAGCAGUCGGACAGUUUUGAACGCUCUCAUAUUCAGAUUCCUGGUGUCAAUGCGCCGAUACCUGGCAUGGCCUUCGAUCCAGCGCUACAAUACGUCGGCCCCGAAAUGCUCUACCGACCUUCCGACACCCAGAUGUUUGAUGACGCCGAGACAUUUGAAUACCGUCGCAUUCUCACCGUGGCGAGAACCUGCAUCCGGAAGUGGCGAGAACAAACGCGCGAAAUCACCGAAAAUCUCGAAGAAAUUAAUGCCAUUGCAUAUGCAUUUGAUCGACGAAUCCUGCUUCGAGCAUCGCUGGAUUCAUGGCGCGUCGCACUGCAAAAUAAGCACCAAGUUGUUGAAACAGAGCGCUUCUUUGAUCGACUUGAAGGCCGAGCCGAAAAGGCAAGGAACCUGUUCUUGCUCACUAAAGCCUUCACCCACUGGGCAAAGAGCGCCGAAGACGAGGUCCUACGAACUUCCGUGGCUCGGAGACACAUUCUUCGAACGAAAUACUUCAAUGCCUGGCGCGAUAUCACGGCCGUCAACGAGCUCAAAAUUCAACACCAUGUCCUUGGUAAGUUCCUUAUCACUUGGCGGAAGCGAACGGCAGCUGUGCAAGAGAAUGACGGCAUGGCCGUUGAAUUGUAUCACGAAAAUUUAGUCAAGAAAGUCUUUUGGAAGUGGUUUUUCGCUUUUUGCGGUCGCGCCGCCCCGGUCUGGAACAAAGAGCGGCUAACAAGAAACGUUUUGGUGAAAUGGGUCGAGAUUGUUAGAGUGCUGAAAGAGAGGGAGAACUGGGCUUCUGGGCGAAGAAAUCGAGAGGUUUUGAGAAAAUCAUUGCAGGCAAUGAGGCAGAAAGUAGCCGACGUACAGACACUGGAAUCUCAAGCAGAGGAGUUCAGACGAACAACUCUUCUAUCAUUUGGACUCCACGCUAUCUCCACCCAGGUGAAACUCGCCCCAUUGUUCGCUCAACUCGCGCAACGAGUCCAGUUACGUCUUGUCCAAUCGACGCUCCAUCGAUGGCAGCAUAACUCUCUUCUUUCCCGCCUGGCCAAGAAUGUUGACCGUGAGCGCAUCCUCCGCAACGCCUUCACUUCGUGGAAUGACCAGCUCCGAAUCAGCGAGAUGGCUCGAAGAGUAAACGCCCGCGUCCAGGUUGAGGCGCUCUACAAAUGGGUCUUGGCCUCAAAAGGGCUGCUGCUCUUUCGCAGACACGAUAGGGCGCUCAAAUGCUCUACAUUCUCAAACUGGGUAGCCAAAACUCGAGCGCAUCGUGUUAGGCUUGAGAAUGCGGAAAGGACGUUUGCUCAAUUCAAAAGAGUACAGAUGUUGAGGUCGUGUUUGAAAAGGGUUGAGCAGAAGAUGGCAGAGAGAAAGGGUCAAGAAUUUCUCGCGCUUUCAGUUUACGAACCGAGACUCAAACAACGCGCCUUCGAAAAUUUGCUCGAGAAGCAUGACCAUCUCCAGCAAAUGGAAACUUGGGCCGAGGACGCACAGUUCUACGUCCUUACAAAAAAUGUGCUAAAACGCUGGGGCGAUGCAACGCAGCAUGCACGCCGCAACCGACGACGAGAGACCUAUGCGCAUGUGAGAAGGAUGGUGAAGAUGAACCUCGUUCGCCGCACUUUUGGAACGUGGAAAGAGAAAGUUGGCCAGCUUGCCAUCCAGGACCGGCAAGCUACCGAGGUGGUGGAGGAUCGUAUUUUAAGAGCGAGCAUAAAUCUUCUGACCCGUUGGCAUAAUAAAACAGCGAUUAUAUUUAGACUGUCGACCCAAGCCUCUCUUAAAUACAAUAAGAAGCUAGGCACUACCUAUUUCGCAACCUGGACACAACGACAUCGAUACUUGCAAAACCUCGACACCCAAGCCGUAGCGCUCAAACAAGAAAACACAGAGAUUGUGGCCACUGGGGCACUCAAGAAACUAGAGUGGAGGUUAUGGAAUUCAAAACAGCAAGAGAAGAAUGCACUUGCGUUGAGACAGCGUAACUUUGAAAAGCACAUCAGAGCGAUGGUUAGAUUCUGGUGGGAGCAAACGGCAGAGAGACUGGCACACAAUCCAGAGAGUCCAAGCCCAACGCCUAGCCCAAGGCAUGGCGGUGGCGCGGACGAUGAAGGUUGGGGAGGUGACAGUCAUGACAGCGACGGCGUCGGCGGUCCCCCAGAAGAGUACGAACCCGGCGAUGAAACUCGACGACUAGAGAACUGGACCGCAUUCGACGAAGGAGCACUCGGCCUCUCAAACCUCGACCUCAGUCUUUCAUUCACACCUCAACGUCGACAGGCGCAUCUUCAACAUCCCACGAGACCGCACCCCAACCCCCAACCCCAACCUCCCCUUCCACUCCCUCCGCCUACAUCAAACGCCCGUUUCCUCCCACCACUAAUCCAAGAACUCGAUGAAGACUUGGACAUCGAAGAAUCGCGUGUCUGGACUUCAACCCCCAUGCCCAUGCCUAAACCAGGCUAUCUAAAAACGCCGAGUAAACGCAGUGUCGCGAGGGCGAAGAGACCGGAAUUGCCUGCUAGUCCAGAGAGGCGGCCGGUUGUGGGGAUUACUGCGAGUGCGCCGGUGCCGGGGUUUGUGGAUAAGGGGGUGGGCAUAGGGUUAAGGGGAGAGACGGUGACGAGCUUUGAGAGGAGAUUGAGGGAAGGGGGUUUUGACGUUGGUGGGGGGCCUGGAGGUGGAGGUGGGGGUGGGGGAGAGAAAGGGAAAGGGGCAGGGGCAGGGGAAGGGGAAAACAGAGGACGGUUGGAUUUAGGGAUUUGGGUGAUGCGAGAUGAUACUUUGGUCCGUUGGAUAGACAUUGCUGGGAUGGAAAAUCAGGUUUGCAUAUCGGCUGCUGGUUCGGUUAGUGCAAGGUUGGGUUGGUGCAAGUUCGCAACUUCAAGAAUUGGUUUCUUCAUUUUGUUGGGCAUGGGUGGACUGACUUGUCCGCCAACUCAUCCGAUUAGGAAGUUAGAUGUCGUACGACAAACGGGCCUCGGGGGUGUGAUUUGGGUCUAUAGUAUCACAAUAAAGUGGUACGGUGAUGUUCGAAGACACCUCUCGCAUACGCAUUUAGGUCUCCCCGGCUAUAUUGAUCAGAAGUUCGACAUCAAUGCAAACCAUCUGAUGACGUCUCGUUUCCAAACUCGACCUCUCUCAGCAAUGGGCAGACUACUUUGGCAGACCCUUAUCUGGUGUAGUAAGCGUUCCCUGGUUCCCAAUCCAUCCCUUCCGCAAACGUAUUUAGAGCAAAUUAUUCCUGUCGUUGCUUCUGUCGAACUGAAUGUCCUAAGAAAUAUUGUGCCAAUGGUCGACGUCUAG